UUUAUAUCAACGGUACAUAAAUGGUGUCAUCAUCAUCGUCAUCAUCAUCUUCACCAGGAUCAUCAGUUAAACGUAACUGGUCAAUCGAUGAUUUCGAGAUCGGAAAACCACUCGGCAAAGGCAAAUUCGGCCGUGUCUAUCUUGCUCGUGAAUCUAAGAGCAAAUAUAUAGUGGCAUUGAAAGUGAUAUUUAAAGAACAAGUUGAAAAAUACAAAAUGCACCAUCAGCUCAAAAGAGAGAUGGCUAUCCAGACUAGUCUUCGACACCCGAAUGUUCUUCGGCUUUACGGAUGGUUUCAUGAUAAUGAAAAGAUUUAUUUGAUUUUGGAGUAUGCUCAUGGCGGUGAGCUUUAUAAAGAGCUUCGUAGAUCCCGUCAUUUCUCCGAGAAACAAGCUGCCACUUAUAUUGCUAGCCUUGCCCAGGCAUUAGCAUACUGUCAUGAGAAACAUGUGAUCCAUCGGGAUAUUAAGCCGGAGAACUUGUUGCUUGAUCACGAGGGUCGAUUGAAGAUAGCAGACUUUGGGUGGUCUGUUCAGUCAAAAACCAAGAGACAUACAAUGUGUGGAACAUUGGACUAUCUAGCACCAGAGAUGGUGGAGAAGAAAGCUCAUGAUUAUGCGGUCGAUAAUUGGACUCUAGGCGUUCUUUGCUAUGAAUUUCUGUAUGGUGUCCCUCCUUUUGAAGCAGACAGCCAAGCAGAUACUUUCAGAAGGAUCAUGAAGGUUGAUCUUACUUUCCCCUUUACCCCACGUGUUUCCACUGAAGCUCAAAAUCUCAUUAUCCAACUUUUAGUGAAGGACUCUGCAAAAAGGCUAUCUCUUGAAAAGAUCUUGGAGCAUCCUUGGAUCAUCAAAAAUGCUGAUCCGAGUGGUACAUGCGAUGAAUAGAAUGUUGUGUUAGUGGAUAUGAAGAAUGCACACAAGCUAACUCUACCUCAAUUGUACUAAAAUUUGGUAGGUAUAUAAAGUGUCUGAGGGGUGGUUAUAUUGCCUUGUGUAAUCUUUCCCCCUCUUCUUAAUUGCGAAGAAAUUACUUAUUUUGUUAAUGGAAAAAGCAGGUUUUUACUCGAUAGUUUGCGGGUCAACGAUUAUUGUGUCCCAAAUACAAUGUACAAGAUGAAGAACAAAAUUAAUGAAUCAGAAUGGAUUUAGGGAGGAUUAAAGUGAACGUUGUCACCACGUUUACUCCAUAAGCCAUUUGCUUUUGCACCAAAAAAUGGCAAUAACAUAUAAGAUGAUGCGGCCAAUUGUGCCCCACCGGCAUUCCAUAGAAGUUUUGGCAUACCAGUAUCCUUCUGUGCCUGAGUGUCAAUGGCACACCCAACAAUAAUGUUCAUUCCGAACACUCCGGCUACCACCAAUUCACUCACCACCAGAGGUUGCAGUUGUUAACAUAAAGUUCAAAUGAGAUUAAUUAGGGUCAUGUCUAAAACUUUUACUAGGCUUACGUUUGGGUUGAACGAAAACUUUUAUUUAGGCAUUUAGCCUAUUUAGAAUCAUUUACGUCUACCAAAGAUAUUUG